ACCGUCGAACAGUAGUGAAAACUAAAUGGUUACAGAAUAUCUAAUGUUGCUUAGCAGGAACUGGCUUUUAUUACUCUUAUUCGAUAUCACAACAUAAGUCUAGUCUUUGUUUGCCACAACUGUCACAAAACCUUUCAAAGUGGAAGAGAAUUGUUAAUGUCUAUCCUUCUUAACAAAAACCACUCCUUACUGAAUUCAAUUAUUUCAACCUAAGCCAGGCCCAAAUUGCCAAAACUUGGAGAAUUACUCCUUCAGACUACGGCCUGUAGUGAGAGAUUUAUCACAAACUUUAGAGUCCUCUGAUUAGCCGAUGUUCAAGCUCAACUUCCAACAUGAAAAUAAUGGCUAUUCAGUAAUGUCAACUUAUAGGGUUACAGAUGCUGACAUGACUCAAGUGCUAGAAAAACGUAUAUCCACUUUUGGUUUCGAUCUGGAGUUCUUUUCGAUCUUAAAUUUUCAUAAUAAAAAUCAACCGCAAAAAUAACGAUAUAUUAUUUAAUUUGUAAUCAUACCGUUUGAAUCGGUUUUAUCAUUACAUCAAACUGGGUUGCAUGAAGUGCUAAAAACGACGACUCUAAUUUUUGUUUCCAAGUGAUCAUAGACAUUCAAGAACUAUUUCUUUUUUAUUAUUAUUUUUUAACCAAUAUAUCAAUCACUCAUACACUUCCCCAAGGCUUCUUGUUAAACACUUUCCUUAAGCUUUGUCACAGGAUUUUUUAAACGCUACAGAGAGAUGAAGUUAAAGACCGUUUUUAUAAUUGCACUGGCGCUGAGUUCAGUUGUAGUCAUUGGCAUGAUUCUUUAUACCAAAGAAACCGUACAAGACAUGAUCAGAUUUAGAGAGAAGAUUGACUUUUAUUCAUCACCUCAAUAUUUCGCCUACAACUCGAAGCCUCGCGCUUAUACAGCACAAAGAAGUACAAUUCGAAAGCCUUUCAUUUAUCUCACAGAAACCGAGCAAUGCCUUCCUCACCGAAACUUGGCCUCUUCUUCUCAGAUUGGCGAUCCAGAGACCUGUAACUGUGAUGUGAUUGUGCUAAGUUUCCGAGCUAAGUGCCAAGAAAACAAUCAUUCACACAUCAGUUAUUUGUUUGAUCCGAACACCCUCUUUGCAUCAGGACGAAAUGUGCUCUUUUUUGCCGCAUUGGAUAGACGACCAGGAUAUCAUUAUUACAUAUUUAUAAACGACGACACCAUUCUCAAGUACAACGAGUUUACACCCGCCAACAUGACUAAGAUGUCGCCGUUCCGAGCUGUGGAAAAGUGGCUGCUAGAUUACGAGNUCCACCAUAAAGCUGUUGAACAUGUCCUUCCCUAUCCAACGCAAUACGAACGUGGCUGUAUUUUUGCAAGUAACAGAGACACUAUGAUAGCUGUCGAAGUCAAGUUUGGCGGCCAAGCACUUCUGUUUUCUCCUGUCACAGCUGCCAAUCCCAAACAUCGAAAAUAUGAUAGGUCUUCCAAAAAUAUGACGGCCAUAUCGCGGGAAUUUAUAGCGAGGAUUAAGCAAGAGGCGCCACCAACGUUAAGAAAUCACGCCAUAUUUGACAUGUUACACGCAAGUCCAAAGCACUAUCUUGACAAAGGGUCACCCUCGUUUUGUGUGAAUAUAACUCGGCAUCAGCCUAUUAUUCCAUACGGGCACUUGCUGGAUGAUGUUUGAUCUAUUCUUCUCUCAAGUUGAAACGUUUCCUUUUUGCUGGUACUAAAAUAUUCUUUAAGAGGAUAAUUGUAAAAAUUUCUAAAAUUCUGCUUUAUUUUGUCACGUUUAUUUCACGAGCGUCGAUCAACAGGAGUGAAUCUUAAUGACUUUAGGUGCGUAAAAUAUAAUAGAGGAAUGUAUCGAUGGCACGUGCCUGAGGGAAAAGUUUAACAGGACUUGACGUUUUCCGCAAAAACUUAAACUUCACUUAAUUUAGAGUGUUUUGACUAAAAUUGAAAAAGACUAGUUACAGAGCGAAAACUAGUAUUUAAUUUAUUACUGUAUGAAUGUUUGGAUAUCCGGCGUUAAGAAAUAGAAGGCAAUGCAAACAAACAGAAAAUAAGUAAAAAGGAAAACUACUGUGUGAAAAUGACAUAAGGUAGGUAGGAUUUUUCAAUAGUCACUUAUCGCACAGUCAUAAUUUUGUUUUUUCUCGUUCGACGAGUCGAAAAUACAGCUUAUCACUGGUGUAUAAAUUAUUCUUGUCGACAAUAAUUUAAAUAUGCUAAGAUUAUAAUAAUGCCCCUUAAAUACAUAAUUAACCAAUGGCUCUGAAUCAUAGCUACAGAAUUUUUCAAAACUUUGCAAAAAGCUGUAUCUUAACAUGCUUGUCGUAAUUAGAUUAUAAAAAAAUGAGUUUCACCGAGCCGUUUUUGAGUUAUAUGCACUUAAAGCUGGAAUUAAGGGUGUUUUAACAGGCUGUAUCGUUACCGUGGUGACCUAUUGCUCCAUGAAUGAAGGUGACUAAAACUUGUUCAACAAUUGCAGCAUGGUUUGAUAAAGAGUGGUAGUAUUUAUCCGCCUAAGUAAAUAUAUAACUGUUGGAAAGUGCAACAGAAAAAAAAACAAAAUAAAAUAAAAUUUAAAAAUAAACAGCUGACCCUCCAAAAACACUUUUAACGUAAAAUUGGAACGUUCAAUGCCUCGUACCGUUUGAAAUUUUCAAUAAAAAAAAAUCAUAUUGUUUUCAGUUUUUAGGCAGGCAUUGUGAAUGAGAAUUAAACAUUCGUUUUCCAUGCUUGAAGUUCUCUGUCCUUACUUUGUGAUUCCACAUAUAGACACACAGUGCAUAGCAU